UGGCGAGGAAGAUCAACAUGUAGGCCUAGACCAAGACGAAGUUUACAACCUCCUGAGCUGAUCGGGAGUAUGCUGGAGCCCAGUGAUGAGGAGCCUCAACAAGAGGAACCACCAACUGAAAGUCGGGAUCCUACACCUGGUCAGAAGAGAGAAGAUCAGGGUGCAGCUGAUAUUCGAGUGCCUGACCUGGAAGCUGAUCUCCAGGAGCUGUCUCAGUCAAAGACUGGGGAUGAAUGCGGAGAUGGUCCUGAUGUUCAGGGGACAAUUCUGCCAAAAGCAGAGCAAUUUGAAACGCCAGAAGGAGGUGAAAGGCAACCACAGGUUUAA